ACCCCCCCCCCCCCGACCUCCACCGCCUCUCCUCUGCGGGUCUCUGCCCCCCUCAGCCGGCCAUGACGCUCCGGAGGUUCUUCGUGGGAGGAAACUGGAAGAUGAACGGGAGCAGGGAGAGUCUGGGGGAUCUGAUGAAGACCCUGAACUCCUCCGGUCUGGACCAGAACACCGAGGUCGUGUGCGGGGCUCCCUCCCUCUACCUGGACUUCGCUCGCUCCAGUCUGGAUCCCCGGAUCGGGGUCGCCGCUCAGAACUGUUACAAGGUGGCGAAGGGAGCAUUCACGGGAGAGAUCAGUCCGGCCAUGAUCCAGGACUGCGGGGUGGACUGGGUGAUCCUGGGUCACUCUGAGCGCCGUCACGUGUUCGGUGAGAGCGACGAGCUGAUUGGUCAGAAGGUGGCUCACGCUCUGGAGAGCGAGCUGAGCGUAGUCGCCUGCAUCGGGGAGACGCUGGAGGAGCGCGAGGCGGGCACCACGGAGGAAGUCGUCUACAGCCAGACGCAGGUCAUCGCAGACAACGUGAAGGACUGGGGGAAAGUGGUGCUGGCGUACGAGCCGGUGUGGGCCAUCGGCACCGGGAAGACAGCUUCACCUGAACAGGCUCAGGAGGUCCAUGAGAAGUUGAGGGCGUGGCUCAGAGCCAACGUGGCGGAUGACGUGGCGGACUCUGUGCGUAUCAUCUACGGAGGUUCUGUGACGGCAGCAAACUGCAGAGAGCUGGCGUCUCAGGACGACGUGGACGGCUUCCUGGUGGGCGGAGCUUCUCUGAAACCAGAGUUUGUGGACAUCAUCAACGCUCGAGCAUAAGAGACGCCGAAGACGACGCCACGAGGACACAUCCACGUCUCCAUGGGGACGAAUAAAACACACACACACACACACACACACACACACACACACACACACACACACACACAGACACACACACACACACACACACACCCUGUCCUUUAGUUGGUCAGCGUGUUCGAGCGGAGCGGGCUGACUGAUCACGCUUUAGAGAAGGUUUGAUUUAAGAUGUGUGUAAAGGUGAACGCACCUGAGCCCCGGUCACCCGUUCAAUCCGUUUAGACGACAUCAGGGACGCAAACAAUCAGACGACGUUUCGCACGUUUUAGGCUGAGAGCUAAGCUAGCAUACAGGUAGCUAGCAGGAUUACAAACUCCCCCUGGUGGACACAGAUGGUACUACAAGAGCGACACAGCUGCACACUAAC